AAUUCAUUCAUUCACAUUCACAUUCCCAAACGGCCACCUCACUCUCCCUCUCUCUAUCUCUCUCUUCACAUUUCCAUUCCAACUCAAUUUCCUCCUCUCUUCUCCUCUCCUCUUCUCACACGAAGCCAAGAAAGCCAAGAAAUCCAUCCAUCCAUAGCAAGGGAGCUAGCUCGCCGGCGGCGAUGGGCAAGGACUGCGGCAACCACGGCGACGACGACAUCCGGCAGGCGUGCCGGCGGCUGCUGACGAUCCUCUUCGGCCUCGCCCUGAUCGUGGCCAUCAUCGCGCUCAUCGUCUACCUCGUGCUCCGCCCCACCCACCCUCGCUUCUUCCUCCAGGACGCCACGCUCCGCCAGCUCGACCUCUCCAAUUCCUCCACCUCCGGCGUCCUCUCCACCGCCCUCCAGGUCACCGUCGCCUCCCGCAACCCCAAUGACCGCGUCGGCGUCUACUACGACCGCCUCGACGUCUACGCCUCCUACAAGUACCAGCAGAUCACGCUCGCCGCCUCGCUCCCGCCGGUGUACCAGGGCCACGGCGACGUCGACGUCUGGUCGCCGGUGCUCUCCGGCCCGGACGUCCCCUUCGCGCCCUACCUCGGCGACGCCCUCGCCAAGGACGUCGCGGCGGAGUACCUCAUCCUCCAGGUCAAGAUCGACGGCCGCGUCCGGUGGAAGGUCGGCAGCUGGAUCUCCGGCCACUACCACCUCUUCGUCACCUGCCCGGCCUUCUUCAUCGCCUCCGGCGGCAACGGCUACCCCGGCGCCAAUGGCCUCAAGUUCCAGACCGCCACCUACUGCCGCGUCGAGGUCUAGCUGUCUCGUCUUCUCCGGCUCCGGCGACGGCGAGGUGUGCAUAAAUGUCGGUAAUUACUGUAGCGUUGAGGUGGGGGGUAUAGAGGUAAAUUUAGCGUGGGUUAAUCAAAGUAUAUUUUGUGUUUAAGCGUUGUUAAGCUUUCAGUUCCACGUUUAAUUGUUAAUAAAAGGAUAUUAUAACUAUGGUUAAAAAAAAAGGAACUCUUCUUUUUGGAGA